ACAGACUCAUUAACCGUUAAGUUUCCUAUUUUUAAACCAGUAUAAUCCUUCUUUUCUUCUUCGAAUUCUCUCCAUUCGUCUUCAUCCUACGAAAUAACACGCAUGUAAAUAUACAGACACAAUACUCCUCUGUUCAUGAUCGCUAAACAUUCUAUAGAUAUCUUGGUUUCUACAACAGGAACAGUGCAGUUUAGCUGCCUAUUACGGUGCGAGUUCAAAAGCAAACUAUAUUUUUAACGGAGAAAAAUGCAUUCUAAUUAAAAACCGUUUCCGUUAAUAAUUUCGAACAGCUGCUGAUAAUAUGCGAGUUUUCUAGAGGAAAUAUUCGUUUACGCGUUCCGACGCAAUUACAUAACGAUUCGAUCUUCGAACAGCGGAGGUAAAAUCGGUCACGCGAAAUUCCCGUGGGUCUCUAAAACUAGUAGAUAAUUUCAGAAAUCGUACGAAUGACGUUUACGCGAACAAAUAUGGCAGCGGCCUAUGGCACACACGGGUGAGUUGUUGGUUUUCGAGGUGCGAAGAUCGCAUUGUUUCAGGGUAGUAAGGAUAAUCGCAGCAAAUUUACGACAAAAGAAAUGGGAUAUUCACCUCGGUGUGUUGAAUCUCCUCGACCUCGGGGUUCGUCGGUUUAUCUUUCGUUCUCUGCUUUCCCAAACGUUUCCCCGUCUCUUCCAAUUUCUUGGCUAUUUCUUCGGUCGUCGUAAACUUCUUCCCCUUCGCUUUUUUCCGGUCCUUCUUCGCAAAGAAAUCGUCCAAGUCUGCCAUACUGUGAUGACUCUCGCUAUUAUUCUUCGAAAAAGGCUUUUUUUCACGAGAGAACACGAGGAAGAGAGCCUUAACGCAGAAUGAUCGGAACCACCGCUGCCGCUGUCCACAUGGGCUUGUCUUGGCCGGAAGUCGUGGAACCACUUCGAAGUCAAUGCAGCGACUAAAUGCAACCCGACUUUUUGAAAAAAGAUCUUUUCCAAUGAAGGACAGCCUCUGAAAUAUCGUCACCGAAUAAUUUGACCAUUUUAAUGGUACAUAUUUCUUGUAUUUUAGACAACGUUGAGAAAUUCCCCUGUAAACGAACGAAUAUGUGGCGCUGUCUGUCUAGCAGAAGACCCGUACAAAAAAUUUCAAGGGUUACCUAACCUAGAAAUCGACUGCUGUUUAACGAAAUUAAUAAAUCAACCGUGUUAUUGAAAAGGCUUAAUGAGAAGCUACUAGCAUUGUAAUGACCCAUAGAUUAGGAACGUGGGCCACAAGACAAUGGUAAUAUUAACACGUGCGAUAAACGCGACGUACACAGAGGUUAAUUGAUCUAUAAAUCUAUAAUCCUCCCUCUUGUUGCCGAUGGCGCCACUUAUUCUUUUUCGCCACUUCCGCAAUAGAAAAUGGUGUUCAAGCUUUUUUACCGACAUCUCUAACAUAAAGUAAGCGCAAACGAGAUAUAGGAUAGGAAUAGAGUAUGAGUUUCCAUCAUUUAAAUGUUCGCGCCGUAUUGUGCACGUCUAGUCUCGAAAUCAUCGAGCAUAGAACAUACGUCGUCUGUGAUUCAAAACCGUUCCAGAAGCUUCAUUUGUUUUCCAUUGUUCCGUGACGCAGAGAUACACGAACAAAUAUCGAAAACAAGAUGUUCAAAUUUGGAUUUUUCAGGGACGAAGAGGCAAAAGAAGAUGACAUCGAAACAAAGGAAUCAAUUAAUUGGAUUCCCGCAUCAAAGAUUUGUAUCACAGAAUUGGAAAUCACAAAACAAUUUGAAUCCGAUGAUUACACGGAAAGUAUAAUAUUUCCGGGUUGCAAGUUAAAAUUAAUUCGCUCUGAGAAAGCUUUGCAAUACUUGAAAGAAGAAAACUGUGUAAAUAUUGUAGAAGCAGAGUCACAACAUUCUGAUCUUGUCCCUGCCAAAUACGAAGGUGGUCUAAAAAUCUGGGAAUGUAGUUACGAUCUCGGACACUACGUUUUCGAAAACAGUGUAGAAUUUCGAGACAAAACUGUGUUGGAUUUGGGAUGUGGUGCUGGUGUUAUUGGUUUGAUAGCUCUUUUGAGAAAUUCCGUCGUACAUUUUCAAGACUAUAACGUGGAGGUAAUAAAAUCUGUGACAAUUCCAAAUGUUCUUCUGAAUUCAGAGGAUCGAAAAAAUAUUUUACAUAGAUGUGAAUUUUUUUGCGGGGACUGGGAAUCGUUUACGAAAUUAAACGAGUCUGAUAAUGAAAGUCACGUUACAAAGUACGACCUGAUUUUCACGAGUGAAACAAUUUACAAUCCUGACAAUCACAGGAAAUUGUAUAAUGUUUUUAAAGAGAAGCUGAAACAAGAUGGCGUCGGAUUCAUUGCCGCUAAAAGUUAUUAUUUUGGGGUUGGUGGAGGAAUGAGGCAAUUUCAAAAUCUCAUAGAGGAAGAUAACGUUUUCAACGUCGAAAUAGUGUGGACAAGUCAACAGGGAUUGCAAAGAGAAAUUCUGAAAAUUUCGAGGACACAACGUUCCUGAAUUUAACCGGCAUCUAUCUGUAUUUAUAUACGUAGAAUAAGAAGCAAUUACAAUUUUUAUUUUCAUACAGAUAAUUCAAUAACUCAAA